AAAUGGGUGUUGUCUUCAGUAUAAAUCAGCUUUCUGCUCUAGUUGUUGGUUUAGUUCUUUUCGUCAUCUGAAGAAGGACGGGCUGUUCAACACAAAGACUAUUACAAAAUAUGGCCAGCUUGGAACAAAGACUGGAGAAUAUUGAUAAAAUCAUCAGUCAAAGUAGUAAAAUUGGAUGUCAUGUUCCUGCUCGAUAUAAUAUAAAUCCAGGAGCAGACCUUCAUGAUAAAUCUAAGCCAUAUAGACAAAAGACUUUCGGGGAGAGAAACGACAACAAUAAACCUCAUAAAACCAUUCUGCUGGUGGGAGAAACAGGAACAGGAAAAACAACCCUGAUCAAUGUGAUGAUCAACUACAUGUUGAGUGUGAAGAGAGAAGACAAGGUUUGGUUUGAGAUCACGGAUGAGCUUACGUCUGAACAGAUGAGUGAUGAGCUCUUAGUUCAAAGUCAGACCUCCAGACUCACUAUUUAUGGGUUUUAUCUACAAGAGAGUCCAAUCGAUUUAACAAUCAUUGACACACCAGGAUAUGGAGACACUCGUGAUAUUAAUAAUGACAAAGAGAUCGCCAUGAGUUUGCUUAAUUUAAGCAGAUGUGAUAACAGUAUCAGUGAAAUAGAUGCAGUGUGUCUGGUGAUUAAGUCAACCGUAAACCGACUCUCUGACAGACAAGUAUACAUUUUUGAUGCUGUUCAGUCUUUAUUUGGAAGAGAUAUUGCUGAAAACAUUGUCUUAUUCUUCACACAUUCAGGUGGAAAGCCACCUAAAAAUGCCUUGACGGCUGUUAAAGUGGCUAAAAUCAAGUGUGCAUUGAAUGACAAGAAUCAGCCCGUGUUUUUCCUGUUUGACAACUGUCAGUCAGAACCUGCUGAUGAAGAAUAUGAAAAGAUACAGGAACAAUCAUGGAAUCACAGCUUUGAAGGAAUGACAAGUUUUUUCAAGUUUCUUGAAAACGUAAAUCCAAAAAGUUUCCAGAUGACCAAAAAUGUGUUAAAACAACGGAACCAGUUAGAAGCAAAAAUUUCCAAUUUACAGUCACGUGUUCAAGAGGUAGAACAAAAGCAAAAUGAGCUGAAACAAACUCAAGAAGCUCUAAAGAAAAACAAGAAAUAUGUUAAGGACGAAAAGAACUUUGAGUAUGAAGUUGAAGUGCAGUACAAAGAGAGAGUUGAUAUUGAUCCAAAAAGGUGGCGCUUGACUAAAAAGGCAACAUGCUGCGCAGUUUGUGAGGAGAACUGUCAUUAUCCAGGAUGCUGGUGGGCCAAAGAUCUCUCAUGGUGCAGCAUGAUGAAAGAUGAUCACUGUACGGUGUGCACAAAUAAAUGCCACUACAGCAAACACAUCAAAGAAGCAAAAAUAUAUGAGUCAAAGACAAAGAAGGAGAAGAGGACAUAUGAAGAUUUAAAGAAGAAAUAUAAUGUCAAAAUUACUGACUCUGUAUCUGUGGCCACAAAGUUGGAAGAAAAACUGAAAGAAUUAGAGAAAGAGAAAAUAAAGCUGGUUAUUGAAUCUUUUCACUGUGUGGAAACACUGGAGUUGAUCGCACUCAACCCUGAUUCAGUGUUCACACUUCAGCACAUUGAUUUUCUGAUUGAGAAGCUGAAAGAAAUAAAUGAGCCUGAAAAGGCCAAAACACUGGAGGACAUCAAGAAGAGAGCAGGAGAAGAAAAGCAUGGAGCACUGGGAUACAUUAAAUGUUUAAUAGGGAAAAAAUAA